AUGAUUCUUCUUACUUCCUUUCUACACACACAGUGUUGCGCAGAAACAUUUUCUCAACUAAUCAGUGAAUAUACUCACAAUGUACGCAGUUUCCAACGGUUACUCAAGUUCUUACUACGGAUAUACUCCAGCUUAUCCCCCGUUCUUUUAUGCGGUAACAAUCGUGUCGCUCGACGUCAAAUAUCAGGUCCUCUAAGAAACAAUCGUCGUCCAAUUGGAAAUGCGCGUUCCAUGAAGCCACAACGUCGAGAAAACAAUCUGGGCAUCCAGGUAGCCAGACAUGCAAUUCCUCUUAUUUUUCGCGGUGCAAGAGCCGGCUUGCGAUUACUUCAGCAAGGAAACUUUCAAGGACCUGGGAACGGUUUCAGUCCACUGGGUGCUAUUGCUGGUGGUUUAGGAGGGCUAGGUGGAGGCAUGGGAGGUGUACCUCCUAGCAUAGGAGGAAUAGGUACCGGUUUGGGAAAUAUAGGCGCCGGCUUGGGAGACAUAGGCGCGGGCUUGGGAGAUAUAGGUGCUGGUAUCGGAGAUAUCGAUUUUAAUUUUGGUGAUUUCGACAUGGGCUUUUAA